GGGAGACCGAUAAAGUGAAUGCAGGGUCCGGGGAGACCAGAUAUAGUGAAUGCAGGGUCCAGGGAGAGCGGAUAUAGUGAAUGCGGGGUCGGGGAGAGCAGAUAUAGUGAAUGCGGGGUCCGGGGAGAGCAGAUAUAGUGAAUGCAGGGUCCGGGAGAGCGGAUAUAGUGAAUGCAGGGUCCGGGGAGAGCGGAUAUAGUGAAUGCAGGGGUCCGGGGAGAGCAGAUAUAGUGAAUGCGGGGUCCGGGGAGAGCAGAUAUAGUGAAUGCGGGGUCCGGGGAGAGCGGAUAUAGUGAAUGCGGGGUCUGGGGAGA